GCGUCCAUUGCUUGGAUGACUUCUUCAGUGAAAUUCUGGUCCCAAUCAGUACCGUUGGUCUCCUCACACUCCAUUUCCAGCUUCGAAAUGGAAAUGAGGUUGGAGGGAACUGCGAACUCGGACGGGUUGAACCAGUUUGGGCUUUGAAUGGGCCAAUAUGCUCGAAAUCUAUUUCAAGUUACAACCUUAACCUUAGCCCAGGUGAUAUAAGGUUGUCGUCUUUUUCUUAAGAACAAAAUCUUCCCUUGGAAAGUCGAAAGUUACCCGAUCUUAACCCUUUGUCCUCGUCGAAAUCCAGCAUUUCCUUUCUCCUUUUCUGAUUCGAGGCGAGGAAAACGACGAUAGCCUCCCCGUAACCAGGUUGUUGUUUCAAUCAUCAUGGAGGCUAAAUUCUUCCGCUUUCUUAAAAUUGUGGGAGUUGGAUACAAAGCCAGAGCUGAAGCUGAGGGACGGCUCUUAUUUCUCAAAUUGGGAUACAGCCAUGAGGUUGAGCUAACUGUUCCUCCUGCUGUUCGUGUAUUCUGCUUCAAAAACAAUGUAGUUUGCUGCACUGGACUUGACAAGCAAAGGGUGCACCAAUUUGCUGCUACUGUUAGAAGUUGCAAGCCUCCAGAAGUUUACAAAGGCAAGGGUAUAAUGUACAUUGAUGAAGUUAUCAAGAAGAAACAAGGGAAAAAAUCAAAAUAAUGGCGGAGGUGCAUGGUACUUAUUUUGCAAAAAUUUGUUGGCAAGCUUAUGCGGUUGGAAUUGCAAUGUCUUGUUUUAUAUAACUGAGAUGAAUCUCUAAACAAAAUUUUCAGUAGAGAUUUUUCUUUCUCUUUUGUUUUUUUCCCGAACAAUUAGGCAAUUUGGGAUUCUUAACAGCUGUUCAAUUUCAAUAGAACACUUUAUUCUGAUGUGUUGGAUCAAUAACUUCAGAAUCACAAUUGGAUGCGGUGAUGUUAAAGCUGGUGUUAA